UCAGCUUUGAUGGAAAGGAUUGAAAGGAGCAUGUCAGUCAGAGUCAACAACACAGAAGAGGAGAGAUGAGUGUGUGAGGCAAAAAGGGAAGCGACAAGAAACACCUUUUGAACUUUAAGCUGCUCCAAAAGUUCUUUUGGUAUAGAGGGGAGUAAAGGAACAUAUCAACAGCUGACAUGAGGCUGGCCAGUGUUGGGGCCCGGGCCCGACGGGCUGCAGAGUCGUCCGAACCAGAGCCAGAGGAGGCAACAGAGCCUGUUCAUCAUGAGCACUCGCACACAGAACACCACGAGCACACCCACUCAGAACAUCACCCCGGGCACGACUACAACCACAUGAAGGAGAAGUUCAUGAAUGAACUGGGUCAUCUGCCAAUCCCUAUGUGGGCAGUAGCAGCCAUAGUUGUGGUGGUCCUGGUUUUGGUGGCGUGCUGCAUCUUCUGUGUUUUUAAAAAAUGCUUUGGGAAAAAGAAAAAGCCCAAGAAAGUGAGGGAGAGGAAGACAGGUCGCCGCAAAAAAGAAAAGGAAGGCGAAGGAGAGGCAGGAGAGAAGGAGGGGGAAGUGAAGAAGCAAGGGGAGGAAGAGGAGAAAGAACAGGAAAAGCUGGGUAAGCUGGAGUUCUCGUUGGAUUACAACUUCACAGAUGCCCAGCUCAUAGUGGGCAUCCUUCAGGCUCAAGACCUUGCCGCUAUGGACAUGGGGGGGACCUCAGACCCCUACGUCAAAGUGUUUUUGUUACCAGACAAAAAGAAGAAGUACGAGACUAAAGUUCAACGCAAGAAUUUAUGCCCUGUUUUCAACGAGACUUUCAUCUUCAAGAUCCCAUAUGCUGAGUUGGGAGGAAAGACUUUGGUGUUGCAAGUCUUUGACUUUGAUCGUUUCUCAAAGCAUGAUAUGAUCGGCGAGAUAAAGAUUCCCAUGAACAGUGUUGAUUUGGGCCAGCCGAUGCAACAAUGGAGGGACGUGGAGAGUGGGGAGAAGGAGGAGCAAGAAAAACUUGGCGAUAUUUGCAUUUCUUUACGAUAUGUACCCACUGCUGGAAAACUUACAGUGAACAUCAUGGAGGCGAAGAAUCUGAAGAAAAUGGACGUUGGUGGCUUAUCAGAUCCCUAUGUGAAGAUUGUUCUGCAGCAAAAUGGAAAACGCAUUAAGAAGAAAAAGACGACGGUAAAGAAAAACACGCUCAAUCCUUACUUUAAUGAGAGUUUCAGCUUUGAAGUCCCCUUUGAGCAGAUUCAGAAAGUGCAGGUCGUCAUCACAGUGUUUGACUAUGAUAAACUUGGAAGCAAUGAUCCAAUUGGGAAAACCUUUAUGGGUUAUGGAGCUACAGGAGUGGGCCUGCGACACUGGUCGGAUAUGCUUGCCAAUCCCAGACGUCCAGUUGCCCAGUGGCACACUCUUCUGCCGGAGGAAGAGGUCGAUGCAGCAGUCAAAGCAAAACCGCGUUAGAGGGGCACCUUGCUGGAGCGUUAAAUACUGCUGAUAGGCUAUGUUGUUAGACCUGAUGUUUUCUCAAUUUUGCAUGUCUGUAUUUUGUUGCUUUUCUUUUCAGCUAUUUUAAUGUGGUUCAAUGCUCGUGCGUGGGAGUGUAAUGUACAGACAAUUUUUGAUAUUUGUUUGGUAUUAAAACCUUGGCUUCAUAUAUUAAUAUUGUACUGUAAACCUCUACAAAUCCUUACUUGUGUACUUGGAAAUGAUUAAUUUGCAUCCUUUGUGUAUUCUCAUGCACUGGCCAAGUAUAAUGUGGAUGCUUAUUGGAAAGAUUUCAGAAUCAGUAAGUCCUGAUGCGUUUGUUGGCCCCUUAGACUAUAGGCCUCUUCAUCUCAAGGUAUGUAAACUGGGCAUCUUUACUUUUUUGUUGUGCUGUUGUGCAGCAAAGUCCUGACAUGUCUUUUGAAAUGUUCUGGUUCUUGUCAAAUUAAAAUAAACACAUUGGACAGUU